AUGUACUUUCUCUCAGUGUCUACACCUCUGGAUCUGGUGUUCCUGUUGGAUGGAUCUAACACUGUAACUCCACAGAGCUUUUGGAGGGCAAAGGCAUUCUUGACAAGUGUUAUUGGGGAGUUCCGACUGGGGCCUCGACAUACACAGGUGUCAGUUUUCCAGUACGGCGGUGUUGUCCGUCAGGAGUUCACUCUGAACACAUACCAAGACCACGGCGCUCUCGCUGCUGGGCUGGCAGCCAUCAGACAACUGUCAGGCCCCAGGUUAACCGGGGCUGCUCUACAGUACGCUGUCAGGAAUGGAUUCUCGGCACCAAAUGGUGGUGGACGGAAUGUUGGGAAGGUUCUUGUCCUCCUUUCAACCGGACCAUCAUCAGAUUCAGUUCAGCAGGCUGCUAGUGCUGCCGCCAGGGCUGGAAUUGUUGUCUAUGCCAUCGGAGUAGGACCAUCUGCCAACAUGUAUGAACUGCAGGGAAUAGCACUGAGCGCCUCCACUGUCUACACAGUCAGCAACUUCUACUCACUCGCAGGCUUUAGGAAUGAGUUGUCAAGACGAUUCUACCCUGAUUUGCUGCCCUCGUACACCACUGUCCGCCUGUCAGUGAACUCAUCACUCGGUCUCGGACGCAACCCAACCACUCUGAAUUAUGCUGUGGCUCAGGCUACGUUAGUUUCUGCUGUGCACACACAGCUGAUGGGUGUGGCCGGUAUACAGGCAAUCCAGCUGGUUGACCUCUAUGGAAAUGCGAUGGGCGGCAGUGCAGUGUUCAGACUCUACACAACAUACUACACGGACUUCACGGCACUGACUGCCCGUCUGGCAGGAGGGGGUGUGAUGGGUAAUCCCACUGUAAGCAGCAGUAUUUCCGGAGCAUUGAGUACCUCUGGCAGGGAGUUUUUGGUGGCCUUCACAGGGAAUGAUCCUAGAGACAUGACAAACCCUCGUUUGUACAUUUCAAGCAGCAAUGGACAAAACACAUCAGUCACUGUCAGUGCAGGGCUUGGAGCAUUCCAGACCACCGUGACAGUCUCUGGGAGCCAGGUGUCCAUGGUAGAGGUUCCAAGUAGUCUGGUGAUGUACGGAAGUGAACCGCACUCUGACCGAGUCAUCUCCGUGACAUCAACCGAGGCCCCUGUUACUUUGUACGGACUUGUGAAAGAGCUCAACACCAUCCAGCCAUACAUCGUCCUCCCUAAGUCCAGUCUUGGCACAGAAUACCUGACUGUGAUGUACACACCAAGGAAUGGCUAUCUUUGCCAGUUCACUGUCGCAGCUACAGAAAAUAACACCAACAUCGUCAUCAGACCAAUGGUGACAAUCGAGUACUCUGGUCUUACUAUUAACCGAGGAGAACCUCUUUCUCUUACCAUUGGGCCCAGUACCAUCGGUGCCAUACAGAUAGAGGAUGAAGAGGAUCUAAGUGGUAUGUUCUGA